GGAUGUUCCAGCAACAGCAAAAAAAAAAAAGAAAGAAAGAAAGCGCCUCGCGCUCUCACGCGGCUCCGGCCCUUUACCUUUCCAGCCAGAACCCCACUCCAAAGGCCAGGCGCGUCCGCCACUCUCGCCGGAGCAUGGCAUCCAACGCGAACCCCGCCGAGUGCGCCAAAGGAAAGCAGAGAGUGCUGGUAUCCGAGACCGAGGGGGAGCUCGCCGUGGCCUUGGCCAAGUACACGGCCGAGCUCUCCGACAAGUACGCCCGGGAGCGAGGCGCCUUCACCGUCGUCUUGUCCGGCGGCUAUCUCAUCCACAAUAUCAGGAAGCUGGUGGAAUCGCCGUACAAGGAAUCGGUGGAUUGGGCCAAAUGGCACGUCUUCUGGGUGGACGAGAGGGUCGUCAAGAAGGAUCACGUUGAUAGCAAUUACAAACUCGCAUAUGAUGGCUUUCUCUCCAAGGUUCCAAUUCCACCAAGUCAGGUAUAUUCCAUCAAUGACUCGCUCCCAGCUGAGGGUGCUGCCGAUGACUAUGAGGCCUGUUUGAAGCAGUUGGUCAAGACAGGAGUGUUGGAAGUUUCGGCAUCCACAGGGUUCCCAAGGUUUGAUCUAAUGCUGCUGGGUAUGGGUCCGGAUGGGCACUUAGCUUCUCUAUUCCCUGGGCACCCUCUUCUUAAGGAGAACCAGCGGUGGGUUACCUAUAUAAAGGACUCCCCUAAGCCGCCGCCACAGAGAAUUACUUUCACAUUCCCUGUAAUCGAUGCUUCUGCCUAUAUUGCAAUGGUGGUUGUUGGAUCUGGUGAAGUCGAUGCAUUGAAGAAGGCUCUUGGGUGCAGAGAUAGCUCAUCUGAUCUGCUGCCUGUUCAAAUGGUUUCGCUUGAAGAUGGGGAAUUCACUUGGUUUACUGAUAAAGAAGCAGUUUCUAAGCUGCAAAAUAAGGAAUUCUGAUUGCAGUGCGGAAGCAUGGUUUGCUCCUAAAUAAGGUCACAGGAAUUCUGAUUGCAGUGCGGAAGCAUGGUUUGCUCCUAAAUAAGGUCACAGGUCAUAGGUUUAUUCUUAAAAUAUGUUAUGAUACCUUCGUUAUGUUAUGGAGAAGGUUUAACUAUGUACCUGUAAACGAUGCUGUUCUAUGAUAAACAUGGUUUCUUUUCCUACCA